AAAAUCCCGGCAAUUAAUUUGAGUGAAGGUGGAAGGUUCGUCGUAUUAAGUCCAAAUAUGCAAUUUGAAGAAAAAACUCAUUUUCAAUGCUUGUCCAAUUUAAAAAUCGAAGAAUCAAUUUAUGAAGACAUUUUAAACAAUUUCACCAUCUCCUUAGAAGGUCAAAGAGAAAUACCCUUGAGAGUUUUACUUCAUCAAAAUAAACAUUUGGAAAAUAUCAUUACAACUGAUCAUCUGGUAGAAAUGCUUGAAGGCCCACUCUUGGUUGGUAAAGCAAAAGAGGUUUUACCUCCCCACUACGUCACAAGAACAUUUUCCCGAAUCAUGAUCAAGUUGCAAUAUUUGAUCCACUUUCAUGAAAAUACUGUGAUUAUAAUUUCGCACGUGCAAAAUUUAGAUAUGUUUAAGUUGCGUUUCAAGCAAAAUAAAAUUGUCGUGUUGAAUACCAAAGAAGAAUAUGGAGAAGGGAAGAAAGUGAUUUACGUCUGUCAAGAGGAAUGCGCCUCUGAACAAUUUCAAGAGUUAUGUAGUCAGAAUCCCCAAGCGAUAAACUGUCAUCAUUUUAGAUAUUUCAACGAGAGUUUAGAGUGGAUUCGAAGCAAGAACGGUGUCGAAGAAUUGCGAGAGUUUCAACUUAACAGUGACGAGAAUUUGGAAGAAACGGAAUUUUUUGACUAUCCAAAUAACAACCUUGUUAACGUCAUAUGUGAAAAUCCAGGAAUGGGCAAGACAGUUCUGAUGAAAAGUUUGAAAAUUAACAGACCGUCGAAAUGUUGGACAAUCUUGAUUUAUUCAAGAAAUCAUGCUUCAUAUUUCCGAAAAAAUGGGUCCGAUGUUGAAAAUUUUCUAAAUUAUAUUGUAAACGACAGUUGCAAACAUUACACAUGUUUUGAACAAACAGUUUUAAAAUCUUUUGUUGACAAUGGAAAUUUUGAAUUAAUUUGGGACGGACUGGAUGAACUAUCCGACGUUAUUUUAGGACAUAUAACGGAUGUUAUUAACGGCAUCAUGAAGAAAGGUCACAGACAGUGGAUUACGUCUCGAAAUAAUUUGGUACAAAGGUUGGAAAGAGAAUUCAGCGUGUUUUCACGACCAGUACAUCAAUUCAGCGAGGAAGAACAGAAGAAAUAUAUCAGAAAUCGUUUAAGUUGUUCUGAAGAUGAGUUAUCUACUAUUUUUCAAAAAAUUCAAUCAAAUAUCCAACUGCUUCCCAAAAACACCAUUUUGGGUAUACCACUACAAAUUUAUAUGAUAACUGAGCUAUUUUUUGAAAAUAUUGAUAAAUAUUUAGCCUUAUUGUCAAACAUUUUUACAGUCGCAGAUCUGUACGAACACUUUGUAGAAAAAAUUAUUUACGAUAACUACAAAGAGAAAAAGGAUUACAAUUUUGAUAUUGACGCCAAUUGGGAAGAAUUUGAAGCAAACAAAAUAACAAUGUUAGAUUAUUACCAGAAAAUAGCGGUUCAAGUAUAUUUAAAAGACGAAUGCAAUUUUGAUCCGCUUACUCAAAAAUUUUUGACAAAAAUUAAAAACACCAAAGACCCCAUUGGCUUCAUUAUAAAUGUAACAGAAGAUGACAACCCUCAAUUUCUACACAACUCUUACGGUGAGUACUUUGCCGCUUUGUGUUUAACAAGUCGCGAAAAUUUUGCAAAAAUUCCAAACGAGUUUUAUGUCAAUGAAUGGUAUCACAAUAUUCGGUUUUUCCUUGAUUUAAUAUUAGCCAAAAAUUGCAAAGCUCACAUAGCAGUCUUGUAUAAAAACAGUCUACUGUUAGAACAAUGCACGGAAAAUGACAUUUUACAAAAAGAUAAAGCUGAACGAAGCAGUUUGGAAGUAUCUUGUGCUUGGAGUAAAAAAUAUCCUCAAUUAGAAACGAUGAAACGGUCCAACUAUUACUUUAUAACAAACGCUGCUGUUUAUAAUCUAAGUAAAGAGAUUUUUGAGAAUUUUGAUAAAAACGAAAUUGACAAAUUUUCGUCAAAAUUUGACAAAUGUGACUUGUGGUUAAAAAAAAUUUUGCUUCUCUUUCCCUUUAUGAUACCAUUCUGUGAAAGCAUAUUAGAUGACGUUCAUGGUCCCACACUUUUGUACUAUGCAGUAAAGUUUGAUUACGGAUUUGUAUUUUCAUAUUUCAACCCAAUUCCUUUUAUUAAAAUAUCAAAUUCCUCAACAACGCUAUUAGAUUUUGCAAUAGAAACAUUAGCUUUCAAUUGUAUAAAAUAUUUAAUGUCAAAUCAAUUGUAUAAAAAUCUCGUGUUUGAAAACGAAAAACUUUCAUACAAAAUUUGUCUUCAGCAAUCAACCGAAUUGUUAAGAAUCUUUAUUGAUUACGGGUGGGAUUUAAAUCAAUUACAUGCUUCAAAUGGAGUAGGAGUUUUGCAUUAUGUUUGCAACCGGGGAGGUGACUUAACAAUUUUUUAUUUUUUGCUUAAAAAUAGAAUUCAAGUUAAUAAACCUGAUCAAAGGGGAAAAUUACCUAUUCAUUAUGCCUGUUUAAACAACGACAUGUAUGUGGUAGAAAUGUUACUUAUGAAUGGUGCAAGAGGUGAUAUUCCAGAUGAAAAUGGUAAAACUGUUAUCCAUUAUGCCUGCCAAAGUGAAGAAUACGGUCCUUCCAUUAUGAAGUUACUAUUUCAGAAUGGUUUCAAAAUUGAUCAUUAUGAUCAAAAUAUUACAACAGCAAUAUUUAAUGUUUUUUCACAUAAAGGGAUCGAAAUUGUAAAGACACUUGUCGAAAAUGGUUUAGAUAUGAAUAUUUCUGAUCAGAAUGGAAAUCUAGCGAUUCAUCACGCAUGCAUGAACGAAAAAAACGGUUACAAAAUUAUUAAAUUUCUAUUGGAAAAGGGCGUAAAAAUAAACAAAGUAGACGCAAACGGCAAAUUAUUAAUUCAUUUUGCCGCUCAGCGGGGUUGGACUGAUAUUUUACUUACUUUGAUUCAAAAUGGCGCCGAUUUGAAUCCCUCUGAUUGUGAUGGCAAACGGCCCAUUCACUAUGCCUGUGAUUUUGGGCAUAUUGACAGUGUCGGUUUAUUAAUUCAAAGUGGUACAAAUGUACACCUUGCGGAUAGUCAAGGUAGAAUGCCUCUCCAUUAUGCCUGUAGAAGUGAAUCAAUUGAGACAGUAACAUUAUUAAUUCAAAGCGGAGCAACUGUGAACGUUAAAGAUAAGGAAGGCAUAAUGCCGAUUUAUUACUCAACUCAGAGCAAUAUUAUCAAGUUGCUUAUUCAAAACGGUGCAAGCGUGGAUAUGCCCUUUCCAGAUGGGAGAGUCUUAAUUCACUUUGCUGCUGCGAAAGGAUGGACAGAUAUUGCAAUGUUUCUCAUUCAGAAAGGAACAGAUGUAAAUGUGUGUGAUAAAAAUGAACAAAUGCCGUUACAUUAUGCCUGUCGUUACGGUUUUAUGGAAGUCGCAAGUUUGCUGAUUCAAAAUGGCGCCAAGAUAAGCUACAACAAAGAAGGACAAACUCCUAUUCACCUCGCUUGUAAAUCAAGUAGCUUAAAUAUUAUUCAGUUGUUUAUACAAGAAGGUGUAAACAUGAGUAUCCCUGACAAAAAUGGAAAAAUGCCCAUCCACAUCGCUUGCGAGUUAGACACAACCAAAAUUUUGAAAGAACUAGUAGAAAAUGGGUGCGAGAUUGAAGUUUCUGACUACAAUGGACUAUAUCCAAUCCAUUACGCUUGUCGCAAUAUUUUCAACGGUGACAAUCUUGUAAAAUUUUUGACUUUAAAUCGAGCAAAUGUAAAUGUAGUUGGUGGUGAUGGAAAAAUGCCCAUUCAUGACGCGUGUCAGAAUGAGGACUACGGUUACGAUAUAGUAAGAAUAAUUUAUUCUCGACAAAACACAAUCUCGAUAGAAGACUAUAAAAUUCUCUUCGAUUAUGUCUGCAAAAAUCGUUUCAACGGGUUUGAGAUUGCAAAUUUUUUUUUAAAGACACCUAAACGGCUUGUAGAAUGCAGUGCUGAUGAGGAAAGAAAACUACAAAUGUGUCUUGCGUUUGAAAAUAAUCGAAGUGAUAUUUUGAAGUUAAUUAUUACAAGUGGUGGUGUAUCGAUAAAUGAAUCUGAUUCUGAGGGGAAGCUGCCGAUUCAUAUUGCGUGUGAAAAAGACUGGCCCGUUGUCACCAGAAUACUUAUUGAGAGAGGUAGUAAGAUCGAUGUUGUUGACAAUAGAGGAAGAAGACCUGUUGAUUGUGUACCUAAAGAUUCGUUGCAUUAUAGGGAAUUUUUAAAAGUUUUGCGAAUGAACGAUCAAGAAUAAAUCAAAAAUUAUUUUAGUCUGUUUAUUAUUCGAUUAAACUACGAGUGCUAUUACCACCCUAAUUUGUUCAGUUUUCUCAAGUUAAAAUUAUAUAUUUUUUUUAAUAAUUAUAUUUUCCCACGUUUUUAUUGUUACAAAUUUAAACAGGUGAUAGUAUAUUUAAUUUUAAGACAAAAGUUUCCUAUGAACAU